AGAGAGAGAGAGAGAGAGAGAGAGAGAGAGAGAGAGAGAGGGACAGAAAAAGGAAAAGAUAGCUAGACAUACCUUCAUACAGACAACAAACCUCAGACCAUGAACAAAAACUGUGCUUUUCCAAGCAAGAAAGAUUGGUGGAUGAAUAUCUCAAAUUUUUAAAGAUUGUUUUACAACAGCUGUCUCUUCUCCUUUCCUGUGAUGGGUUCCAGGGUGUAUCUCCUGCUUCUGGGUCUUCUGAUGUGGGGAUCAUGCAAUGUACAAUGUCCCCCUGGAUUUCAAACAAAACAAUUUGGAGGAUCAUGUGAGGAUAUGGACGAAUGCACAAUCUCUCAAGGUAUCUGUGGCAACAAUGCAAAAUGCUACAACACAAAUGGCAGUUACUACUGCCAGUGUGAACAUGGUUACAGGGCAAAAUCAUUCAAUUUCACAAGCAGUACGGGACAAUGCAAAGAUAUAAACGAGUGUAUAGAAGAACCCAAGAUCUGUGGCCUAAAUGCCGAAUGUAGAAAUACAAUUGGAUCUUACUCCUGCAGUUGUAUAUCUGGAUAUAAUCCCGGCCCUGAAGCUGAAACUGUUCAACAGGCCAGGAACAUAACCUGUGUUGAUAUAGACGAAUGCUCCAUCACGCCAGACAUCUGUGGUCAGAAUGCAUAUUGCCGCAACACAAACGGCCACUACGACUGUCAGUGUCAACCCGGUUUCAUAUCAACAUCAGGCAACACCAGUUUCACUAAUGGCACUGGGAAAUGUGUAGACCUGAAGUGUGACCAGUACACUCUGGACACUGCCACUCUCCAGAGCUCACCAAACUUUCAGGAGAUGCAGAAUCAGCUGAGAAAUACCUGCUUAGCACUGGCCACAAAAAGUGCCGCGGGUCAAGCCGAUGCAGUUACAUUCUUGAAAAGGUUAUUGACCAUAGUAGAUGAGGUCCUGAAACACGGACCACUGGAUGACAGCUGGAAAGUGAGCAAACUGCUGAGCUCAGUUGAGGAUACUGUGCAAAUGAUAAGCCUACUGCUCUCCGAGCCAGAGACCAAAAUGGAUUCUGCACAGACAGUGGUCCAGAUCUUGAAGAGCUUUUCAACCCAACCCCAAGGUUCUGUCAUGCUGUCCUCUGAACAUGUCAAAUUGGACACCCAGUGGGAGACGACUGAAGGAUACGGGUUUACUUCCAUCUGUUUGGUCAGCUACAACCACCUCGAGUCUUCCACAAACAAUUCCUUCCAUGGAAUGAGUAAUUUCAGCCAGGGCAUGAGAUAUAAACUGGUCUCCAAAGUAGUGUCGGCCAAAGUGAGCAACCCAAAUACAGCGCAUCUGGAGAAACCCAUCUUCCUGACCUUCUCCCUUUUGAAGUCUGCCCUCCAGUCUAAAAAAGGAUCCCUCAUUUGUGUAUACUGGGACGAGAAGCUUUCUGGUGGGGGCUGGUCAGAGAAAGGCUGCAGUGUUUCAGAGUCAAAUGGGACCCACACCAUUUGUUCCUGCACCCAUCUCAGCAGCUUUGCUGUGCUCAUGGCACUCUACGAUAUUGAGGAGAAAUUCCAGCAGCAGCUGCAGAUGAUCACGUGGGUAGGGUUGUCCCUGUCCCUAGUAUGCCUGUUCCUCUGCAUCAUCACCUUUUCCUGCUUCCGCUCCAUAAAGGGCACUCGCAAUACCAUCCACCUGAACCUGUGCAUCAGCCUCUUUGCUGCCGAUUUCAUCUUCCUCAUUGGAAUCACCAAAACGGAGCCCAUGACAGGCUGUGGCAUUGCGGCAGCCCUGCUCCACUUCCUCUUCCUCUCUGCCUUCUGCUGGAUGUGCCUGGAGGGAGUGCAGCUGUAUCGCAUGGUGGUCCUGGUCUUCCACACAGAGCUGAAGCUUGCCUGCAUGCUGGCUGCCGGUUAUGGCAUUCCCAUUGUUAUCGUGGGCAUCUCUGCUGCCGUUAACUGGAGCGGAUACGGCACGGAAAAAUACUGUUGGUUGAGCCGGAAGGACCAUUUCAUCUGGAGUUUCUUUGGCCCUGUCUGCGCAAUUAUUGCUGUGAACACAUUUUUCUUUGUGUUAACCAUACAAAAGCUGGUUGAGAAGUUCUCCAGCCUCAACCCUGAACUGUCUAACCUACAAAAAAUUAAAACUUUCACAGUUACUGCAAUCGCUCAGCUCUGCAUUCUGGGCCUCAUGUGGAUCUUUGGCUGCUUCAUGUUCCAGGAAGGCACGAUUGCUAUGGUGUAUCUGUUCACCAUCUUCAACAGCCUGCAGGGGGUGUUGGUCUUUCUCAUGCAUUGCCUAUUGACCAAACAGGUGAGGAAUGAGUACAGGAGGCUCCUGACCAGUAUCUGCUCAGAGAAGAAGUAUUCCGAGUUCAGCAGCAACCAGUCCAGCAAAUCACAGGCCUCCAAGAGCGUUCAACACACGGGAGAGUCGAAGAUGUGAGGAACUUACAGUGUUCCCAGAAGUCUAUCAAAGUAUCUCUGCUUACCUGUCUUAGCUCUCCAUGACCAGUCCUGCCACUAGUCUUCUGUCUAAAGUUGAUUCCAUGACCGGUAGCUAAGCUAUCACUGUAUCUGCGAAAGAUACAUAUCCAUAGAGGAUUCUCAAGGAGUGAGGCAUUCUGUUGGUGGAUUUCCUAGGUUCAAGACAUUGUAUUGGCAGAUUCCCUGUGGGCUAGGUAUUCCACUGGUUGAAUUCACUCAGAGUGGAGCAUUCUGUUGGUGAAUUAUAGGAAUGAGACCUUCUAUUCUUGGAUAUCCUGGAUAUUAAGUAUUUUAUUGGUGGAUUUCCAAGGAGUGAUUUUUUUUUCUGUUGUUGGCUCUACAGCACAGAAAUGUAGGUGCAAUCAAUAAUAUUUAGCAUAACUGGAUACUGUUUCAGUAUUAAAGGUUGCAGAGUUAGAGCAAAUUUUAGGGCACAGUGCUUAUCACUUUUCUUACCGAGAUACCACAGGUAGUUCACUUUCAAAAGAAAACAACUGGCUUUGUUUUUCAGCACUCAUUCUUGAAACCUGGGACAAAACAAUAUUUUUUCUUAAUUUAAAUUAAGAAGAAUUUAAUUGUUAGAUUUUUUAAGAAAUGGUAACUUUUUUGAUUUUCUGGUUUAAGAUAAAUUUUAUUACAUGUUUUGACAGACUAGGCUCUUGGCUGUAAGACUUCAUAAAGGAACAAGUGCUUGUUUGAAAUAAUUUCUUAAAAUCGAUCUUUUUGCUGUUCUUUCAAAAUACAUCUUUGUCAGGUGAUAUGUGCUGUAAGUUUAUUUACUGGGUAGUAUGUCCCCCAUCAAUGAAAUCCAUAACAUCUACAGAAGUUUUGUAAAUUUCUCUUGUUCUGCUUACUUUGUCAUAUCUUGACUGAAAAUUGGCAUUUGGACUAUUGGGGUUUAAGAAUUGUACUUCCACAUUAUGAUGUUCAGAAUCCAAAGUAAGAAUUUUUGUAUCUGAAGGAAUGUAAUGAGUUGACAGUGAAUGGAGUUGAAAAAAAAUUAUGUUUGGUUUUCUCACAUAUUAUCUAUAAAGCAGCUGUUUUGCUUGUCUGUAAAAAGGUAUCUUUGAACCAAUGAAUUGCAAAAAUUUUUAAUACGUGACAUAUUUAUUUUUUAUCUAAAAAAUUAAGUUCAUGUCUUACAGUUGUGACAUGGCCAUCUGAAAACAUUAAAUUUAUUUAAAAAAAGAAUUAAAACCUACCAGACCGUGAAGAGAUAUUUCACACACCAAACCAAAAAGUGGAAAAGGAGCAGUUUGGAUGUAGCAGACUGAUUUUAUUGAUGAUUUUAUAAAUCCUUUGUAAAAUUCUGAGUGUUCACACUAAAGUUGGAACACAUUUUUGAAAGACAGAAUUUACAGGAAAAAAAAACAUUUCUACCACAUGUGGCUAAAUUUAAACAUCAAUAUCCCUUCUAUCAGUCUGGCUAUGUAUUUCAUUGUUUCAAGAGCAUUUUAAAUAUUUUUUGCCAUUUUGCAGUUGUGAACCUGGGUCUAGGACAGGGCCAGUUUUUAGGUUCUUGAUUAUGAAAUUUAAAUAAAUAGCCCAUAAAACAGGAUAAAGAAACACAGAAGCAGUCAUCAGAAUAUUAAUUUAAAACAGUCCACAAAUAACAUUUCUUUAUUAAUUUUUCAACAAUAUUAGUAGAUUUCCUUAGUAGUACAUGUUUUGCCCAAAUUCUAAAGUAUGUUUUAGUCAGUGACAAAAAGCUAUGUACACGACGCACAUUUUGUUAUAUAUGCACAGUUUUUCACUUUACAGGUUCUUCUGUUUAAUAUUUUUUCUGAUACAUUAACAAUGCUCAGUUAUACUUCUUGACCCUCUCUUUUACCAAGUAUUUCAUAAAUGACUCCAAGUGUUCGCAGAUGUAUAGACCUGAUUUAUUACCUCAUGAUAAAAAAAUACUGCUGUGCUUUUUCCUGAAAGAUUUCAUACUUGAAAAAAGAAGUUAAACAUUUUUUUAAAAAAAUAAACAUUCUAAGAAGCUUGGUUUCAUGUUGGUAUUCUUCUUUUCUCUUCUUGCUUUUUUAUUACUCUGUUAAUGAAACAGGGGGGCGCAGCGAGGUUGGAUGAGUCCUGCUCUCCGGUGGGUCUGGGGUUCGAGUCCCGCUUGGGGUGCUUUGUGAUGGACUGGCGU